UCGCAGUCUAUUUUGAAGGCAGGCAAUUGGAGCACAGCGCGGGGGUGAGGACGCCCGCCGUCAGCAUACCCGCUACCCUACACACCAUCAACCUGUCAUUUCAAGGCAUAUCGGGCUUUUUUCGAGCGCAAGAUCGAGGCGAAUAUCCCGGACCUUUGCCGCAGUUCGCUAGCUCGCCGAAACUAGCACGAUUUUUAAUUCCUAAAGCGUGUCCGAGACGGGAAGACAUGGCCACGACUACAUGUACGCGCUUCACGGACGAAUGUCAGCUGUACGAGGAGCUGGGCAAGGGAGCGUUUUCUGUGGUGAGACGGUGUGUGAAAUUGAGCACGGGUCAGGAAUACGCAGCCAAAAUAAUCAACACCAAAAAGCUUUCCGCGAGAGAUCAUCAGAAGUUGGAACGAGAAGCUCGAAUCUGUCGUCUGCUAAAACACUCCAACAUCGUUCGUCUGCAUGACAGUAUAUCAGAGGAGGGCUUUCACUACCUGCUGUUUGAUUUGGUGACCGGAGGUGAGCUGUUCGAAGACAUUGUUGCCAGAGAAUACUACAGUGAGGCAGAUGCCAGUCACUGUAUCCAUCAGAUUCUAGACAGUGUCCAUCAUAUUCACCAACACGAUAUAGUGCACAGGGACCUGAAGCCUGAGAAUCUUCUCCUGGCCAGUAAGUGCAAGAACGCUGCUGUGAAGCUGGCCGACUUCGGUCUGGCCAUUGAGGUGCAGGGAGACCAGCAGGCAUGGUUUGGAUUCGCAGGGACACCUGGUUACCUGUCCCCUGAGGUGCUGAGGAAGGAGGCAUAUGGCAAACCGGUGGACAUCUGGGCCUGCGGUGUCAUUCUGUACAUUCUGUUGGUUGGAUAUCCGCCGUUCUGGGAUGAGGAUCAGCACAAACUCUACCAACAAAUCAAAGCUGGAGCUUACGAUUUUCCAUCUCCCGAAUGGGACACAGUUACUCCUGAAGCCAAAAACCUCAUCAAUCAAAUGCUCACCAUAAACCCAGCCAAGAGAAUCACCGCACAGGAAGCUCUUAAGCACCCAUGGGUCUGCCAACGCUCUACUGUGGCCUCCAUGAUGCACAGACAAGAGACCGUGGAAUGCCUGAAGAAGUUUAACGCUAGGAGGAAACUCAAGGGGGCCAUCCUCACCACCAUGCUUGUGUCACGAAACUUCUCUGUGGGUAGCAGGCAGACCACAGCUCCCGCCUCGGUCACUGCGGCUGCGGUAGCCGCGGCUGCAGGCACCACAGCAGGGCUGGUGGAACAAGCAGCCAAGAGCUUGUUGAACAAAAAAGCAGACGUCAAGAAGCGGAAGUCGAGCUCUACCAUUCAGUACAUGCCCCAGACAAACAGCACCAAAAACAGCAUAGUCACCAGCCCCAAAGGAAACCUUCCCUCUCCUGCACUGGAGUCGUCGGACAGCAGUAAUGCUACAGUGGAGGACGAGGAAAUGAAGGGAAAGGUUGUAGAUAACGGUUCCGUUCAGUCUGACCCCGCCCACACACCUCCAGGCCCCUCCCCUGCUGUGUUCACUGCCAAUAAGUUCACUGAUCUGCUGGGAGCGGUUCGGCGGGGCCCGGGGCCGGCAUCUGAUAGUGAGGGGGGAAACACAACGACUCCCGCUGCCGUUUCUGCCCCCUCCGCUCCCCAAACCCCUAACAUUCCCACACAGAUGUCACGUUUGACAGAUCUAGUUGGCAGUGUGCGCAGAAGUUCCGCCCCCCAGACCGACAGUGAGCCACUGGCCCCAAGCAGACCCCCUCCAGCCCCUGCCCCAGUAUCUUCUCAAUCCCACCCCUCCCCUGUCCCUUCCCAGCCCUCCUCAACCCCCCUACCAUCAACCCAUUUGCGCAAACAGGAGAUAAUCAAAAUCACCGAACAGCUUAUUGAGGGUAUCAACAAUGGGGACUUUGAAGCCUAUGCGAAAAUCUGUGAUCCUGGGCUUACCUGUUUUGAGCCAGAGGCCUUGGGAAAUUUGGUGGAAGGGAUGGACUUUCACAGGUUCUACUUUGAGAACUUGCUAGCCAAGAACAGUAAGCCCAUCCACACCACCAUCCUCAAUCCUCACGUGCACCUGAUUGGGGAAGAUGCCGCCUGCAUUGCCUACAUCCGCCUCACGCAGUUCGUGGAUGGGCAGGGGCGGCCGCGCAGCACCCAAUCAGAAGAGACGAGAGUGUGGCAUCGCCGGGACUCCAAAUGGCAGAAUGUCCAUUUCCACUGUUCGGGAGCUCCAGCCGCUCCUUUACAGUGAAGGUUAUAGCCACAUCUGACAACUGUGCCCAACCCGAAAUGGAGAGUGCAAGAGAGGGAGAGAGAGGGGGAAAGUUGGAAAGAGGGAUGAAGAAAAGCAAACCCAUUGAUGGGUGGCUGCGAGUCUACAGUCCCUGACCCUCCCACACCCCCGCACCUGUCAAUCACAUUUGCGUCGCCACCUCAUCAACUUUACCCCUCACUCUAAGUCCCCCUCCCUGUACGUUUUCACCUUGACCGUGACUCCCCUCAUUGUGCACAUGUGCUGUGUGGAGUUAGACAGUCUUUGAUUAUUAAGGAUGUUUAAAGCCUCAGCAAAUCGUCUGUGAAACGCUUUCCGUCGCACCUUUCCAGUGUGAAUAACAACCUUCAUCACACUGAUUCGCCGUCCUCACUUACAGUGUUUAGAUUUUCGAUAUUAUUGUUAUUAUUAUGAUUAAUAUUGUUAUUACUGUCUUUAUUAGUAUUAAUACAAAAGCAAUUGUACGUGUCACUUAUACCACUCAUAUUCUGGAUGCCAAUGAUAUUCAAUUUACGUAAGACGUUUAUUUCUGGACAUUUUUGGAUAGCAUGAAUUUUUCAGUAUAUCCACAGCUUUAUGUACAGGCUUUCGAUGUGAUUCAUAAUUGAAAGCUCAAAAUCACAUACAACACAUCUGACCGUCCAUGUGUGUUCAAUCGUCGGUGGACAUGCAUUGUCUGUGUGUGAAUGUUCGGGGCAAUGCCUGCCUAGAACGUUUGGGGUCUUCCAUUUCUCUAUUUCUCUUUUCUGAUUUGUGACACAGAUUGCAACUUUUGUGCUAGUUGUUAGUAUUGCGAUUUAGAAAUUCUCGUAUGUUUUUCCGUUGGGGUAGGAAAGCUACUGCGCAGAUCGUCUUAAGAUCGACGGUUUAAAGCCAUACCUCAGUUGAUUAUGCCAACGCCAUCGUAUUUGAUUAAUGUUUUCCAGGACUCUGACGUCCGUGUACGGAGAGAUGCUAAUAUCCAAUGAGAUCAUUAGUUGAGAAGUUUAAUCUCAAAAGGCGCUUCUACAUUUCUGAUUUGCAGUCAUGGUGUAGGCUUAGAAUUACUGGAGGUCAUUAACGUUGUAGGAACGUGAUAAUUUGGAAAAGACUGUACCUCUUGAUUUACUAAACAAAAUCUUGGUGGUUUUAGCUGACAAAGUUGCAUAUGGUCUUGAGUUGUUUUGCUUUUACAAACGACAUUUAUAUUUCUGUCGUGACAUACGGUGUUGAAUAUUAUCGAUAUUACUUGAGUAAUAUCUAGUUCUAUCUUUGAGAGUUUAUAUAUAUUUUUGUUUGUUGUCAGUGUGUGAGACUCUUUAAAGGAGGGCGUGAUCAUUUUUCAAGUGUGUUUACACUUCGGAUGGGCAAAGUGCAAGGUGUUUGAAACUCUUUAGUAGAAUGAUGUGAAGAAGCUCUUAUUCGAAAGGGGCAGCAAUAGUUUUAUAUUUUAGAUGAUGGCAAGAAAUAGCUUAACGAAACGAAUGCGAUCUUCUAUACGUCACACCUCAUGCAACUUUGUGCUGAUUUAUGUCUACUUUUGAAGAGAGCAUCAUUCUGAUGUCACGUGACUAUCGUAUCAACCUUGGCAAGAAUGACCCAGGAGACCCAUGUACUGUUCGUGUCCUCAGGUCGUAUUUAUUUAUUUGAUUAUUUUAACGCAACUAACGUGCUUCUUAAUUUCAUUUGCGUUCCGUUUGCACACUUGAUCUCAUUUUUUAACACUCCUUCGUUUUAAGCCACAUCAUAUGGGCGAUGACUACUGAUUUUUUUAUUACUAGUAUUUUGGAAAAAAACAGUAUAAAGCGCCUUUUAAGUAUUUAUCUCAAACCAAGUGACACCUCGUGGCACGUUGACACGCUCGUCUGCUCCAGCGCUCUGCUUGUAUCACAGCUGUGUUUCGUUCUUGGAUGUUCGUUAUAUGUUUUGUCUGAGACGAGGUGAUGCAAGCAAUCACGUUUGUUUAUGAAAGUGAUCAAAGUUCCACACCUGUAUGCUCACUACAAUAGACAAAACAAACAAAAAAGACAGCAUGUAAAAAGUGUACUGUUCUCUGUGUUUAGCGAUGGAAAAUAAACAUGUCACGAGUGAAGGUGAACAUAACUAUUAAAACAAGACAGUAUUGAAACUGCGGUUUACUUGCAUUUCAGCUGGAAUAUCUUUGCAUGACAGUCACUUGAACACUAGGUUUGGUGUUAUUUCUCUAUUUGAUUUUCUAUUGAAUGCUGGUUUUCCUAAACCUUUCUCUUAUCUAUUUUACCAGCUUUGUUAAGUGCACAUACUAUUUUUGUCCCAAGAUGAUGCUGACAAUGGCAGUGUAAAUGACAAAGACUAUGAAAAUGUAGAUGAUGUUAUGGAAAUGGUGAUAUUUCUAUGGCAUGCUUUUGUAUUAAGCUAAUUGUUGUCGACACAAGGUGACUGAUAUUUAUAUUAACAACUAUAAGAAUACUCAUUAGUAUGAUACUGCUUGACUUCAGAGAAGCACUUGCAAUAUUAGAGGAAAAUGCAUGGGAUAGUUAACUUCAUAAUCAAAUUUAUUUGUCUGAUGUUGGCAGUGAUGUCUUACUGCUGUCUGUAUUCUGCAAAUAACACCUGGAUGGAAAUUUUCCUACUGUUAUCGGGGGUUUAAUGACAAACCUGAAGCUUCCAGGCUCUCCCGAUGUAAGACCAAGCAGAGGUAAAAUCCACCAGCACUUACAGCACCAGACUGUUUUCUAUCACUCAACAUGGAAAACAGUGCUGAAUAGUUUCUCUGAGGUUGGGUCUUCUCACAGUAGCCCUCUGUUAGAUUUGUUUUUCUGUAUAAGAUAACAUUCUCUUUGAUUUCUUAUGAUUCUUACUCUUGUUAUUGCUCUAUUCUCAAACAUGCUAUGUGUAUUCCCUGACUUAAGCAAAUGUGUUCAGAAGUUAUAAAUAAAUGAGAUGAUUUAAAUACUGA